UAUCAUCUAUUAUUUUUGCUAUUGGAACGAAAAAUUUUCUAGUUUAAGUUUUAAAUUGUAGACACGAUACACAGGAUUUUUCUAUAAGUAAUAAGUUACGGGAAAUAGUAGAGUGAAUAUGAAGUAAAAGUUGAUUUCAGCAAGAUUUAAAGUGAUAUCCAAAUAAGGUUACUAUCACGUACAAGGAAUGCUAUAUGAAAAAUGGAUACAUUAAGACGGUCAUGGAAACUUCAAGAAUUUGUUGCCCACAAAGCAAAUGUCAACUGCUUGGCCAUGGGUCACAAAUCAAAUCAGGUGUUGGCUACUGGAGGUGAUGACAAAAAAGUUAACUUGUGGGCUAUAGGAAGACAAGGCUGUUUGAUGAGUUUAAGUGGGCAUACUACUCCUGUUGAAUGUGUUUGUUUUGGACAUUCAGAGGAUUUGGUAUGUGCUGGUUCACAAACAGGUGCUCUAAAGAUAUGGGAUUUAGAAGCUGCAAAAUUGUUACGAACUUUUACAGGACAUAAAGGAGCUAUUAAGUGCAUGGAUUUUCACCCAUAUGGAGAUUACUUAACUACAGGAUCUUGUGAUAGUAAUAUAAAAUUAUGGGAUACUAGAAAAAGAGGAUGUAUUGUCACUUACUCAAGUCACCGGCUAGCUGUAAAUAGUCUUCAAUUUAGUCCUGAUGGACAGUGGAUAGCAUCAGCAUGUGAAGAUGGGUUGGUGAAAGUUUGGGAUGUAAGAAUAGGUAAAGUGUUGCAAGAGUUUGUGGAACACACAUCAGCUGUAACAUGUGUAAAGUUCCACCCACAUGAGUUUCUUCUGGGUAGUUGUGGUACUGACAGGACAGUUAAUUUUUGGGAUAUGGAGAAAUUUCAAUUAGUGUCCAAAUUUGAAAAGGAAAACACCUCUAUAAGGCAUAUGGCAUUUAGUGAUGAUGGUGCAACACUCUUGGGAUGUGGAAAUGAUGGGUUGCAUGUCAUUGGUUGGGAACCAGCAAGGGUUUUAGACACAGUUGCUGGUCAUUGGGGACAAAUACAUGAUAUGACAGUUGCUCAAACACAACUGAUUGCAGGCUCAUUUCAUUCUACAUAUGUGGUGUUGUCAGUGGUUGAUCUCAAUAAAGUGCAUCCAUUUGGUGGUCCACCGCCAGCUGCACCAACAGUUGUCAGAGAUCUUUCACCAUUCCAAAAGGGUCACACGGUCCGAAAGAGUUUUUCAAAAGAAAAACCUGCUAAAGAAGUUCUUCAUAGACCAACACUUCUUGAUGAGAAGACAGCGGAAGAAUCCACUUCAGGGACAGAAGCAGACGAGGACUCAGGUGCCAUUAUAUCAAAUAUUAAUGACUACACUGAAAUAUUUCGACCCUCUAGAGCAUUGACUCGUACCCCACCUCCCGCUACAAGUUUAUCAUCGGAAGACUUUUCUGUCACAUCACAUGAAUGCAAGCUAGAAGGCUCGGUCAGUACGUCUCUCCGUGACCUGAUGCUGGAUGAACCUCCGCGCCCUCCGCCGCAGCCCUCGCCGCCGCAGAGACAGAGACCGGAACACUGCUCACGUAUACCCACCCCUAAAGAACACUAUGUGGUUCUUGAGAAGAGAACUGAAUUCCCGCGUAUAAUAGACAGCAAUAAGGACGAAAGCUUACUAACAAGUGUUCAAACAACAACAAUAAAUGACUUUAGUGUAAACACUAUACCAACACCAACUUUAAACAGGCAUAACUCAUAUAAAGAAACAAAAUCAAGUACCAACAUAUCUGGAACUAAUCUGCGACAGAGUAAUAGUGAAAUAUCACUGGGACCAACUUCUUUAGGUCCAAGAUCAUUGUCAUUCACAAGAGCGUCUAGUCAAAAUUCCAGAACCAGAGUUGAUGCUGUAGCUCGCGAGCGUGUGACAAUUAAUAGAAGUGUAGAAACUGCAGUGGAAAGGGAUCCUGAACCAGAAUUUGUACCAUUAUCCAUUGACAAACCUGUUGGAUUGGAUCUUGAUGACUUUGUGCCUCGCGGUCUGACCGCGUGCGGGGUGAGGCGCGGCGGGCGCGGUGCGGGCGCGGAGCCGAGCGAGCAGGAGGUGCUCGGCGUCAUGAUGCGCGGCCACGACUCCAUGAUGGCCGUGCUCGCGGCCCGCCAGAGGGCGUUGCAGAUAUUCCACUCCGUUCGAGUAAAUAAAAGUCUGAAAUCAGCAUUGGAAUCCGUCAUCGCUUUAGAAGACGCAUCUGUGAUACUGGAUAUUCUAAACGUAAUGGCGCAUCGACCGUCAUUAUGGAAUUUAGAUAUAUGCCUACUAAUGCUGCCUAAGAUUUAUGAGUUAUUGCAAAGUAAAUAUGAAUCAUACAUGCAAUGUGGAUGCAAUGCCUUGCGGUUGAUAGUAAGAAACUUUUCAUCGGUGGUUCGCGCUAAUGUCAGCGCACCAGUUCGCACACUUGGCGUCGACAUCCCUCGAGAGGAACGCUAUGCUAAAUGUGCUCAAAUCCACCAGCUUCUACUUGAUAUUCGAGCCUUUUUGCUCAAGCGACAAACACUACAAGGUCGACUAGGUGCUGCUUUCCGUGAUUUGCAUACUUUGAUGCAACAAGGCCUCGAUUGAUAGAAUAUAUUGUAAAAUAAAUAUACGCUUUGAAGUCUAUGCACACGACAUCUAAUAAGUUAUAACUUGAUUGUGUUAAUGUGAGAUCAAUAAAAACUGGGUUGUUACAUGAUGAAGUGGGAACAUACAAAAUAUUUUCUUCUAAGCGUAGUUUUGGCACUGAUUGUAAAUUAUGAUUAUAUUUUAAUUUAUGAAUUAACUCAAAGAACAGCUGAUGUGUUCUUAAUAUAAAGAAGAUUCAAAAUUAUACACAACAUGUGUAUGGGUAAUCACAUGUAGUUUGUACAAGGACACCCUUGAAUUCACAAAGCAAUUAAAAUGGUUAUUAAAUUAAUGGUACUAUAGUAAUUUAGAAGAGUUUGGUAAAUGUAAUACCUUGACAUAUAAAUUAACACUUGAUUUUAAUAUUAUUAAAAAAAACUUUCCUUAAAAUAAGAUAAAAUCGGGAUAUGUAUGCAAAAUCAUAAUUUUUAUUAGAUAUGUUGUGGUGUACAUAGACUUUCAAAUUUAAUUUGUGCAAAAAACAUUUAUUCUAAAGGAGUGAAAAUAAUAUCUAAAUAUUCAACUUGAGGCCUUAUUAGCGAUUUACUUAUAAAGCAUUUAAGAUCUAGGAUCUCAUCUCUUUUAAAAUUUGUUUACACAAUUUCAAAAGUCAUAAAUUGAUGUUCAUUCAAAAUUUUACAGUACAAAGUGCUUAAUUUUCAUUUUUUAAAAAUCCAUACAAUAAACUUUUGAUUCCAUACAUGGGUGUAAAUAUUAUUUAAUUUAAAAGAGUAGGAAGGAUUAGUUCUUUUUACCACAUUAACAAUAAAAGUAUUUAAAAUGCAAUUUUUUAAUACUAUCAUAUGUUUUUACUAUUACUAGUUAAUUAAACUGUAUUUUAAUGUAAUUUUAAGGUAAAUUUAAACACAUCUUAUUAAAUUAAUAAACAAUAUUAAUUAUUCACAUAGCUUGGCUUGGUUGGCAGUGAAAAAUAUGUUCAAGUAUUAAAAUAAUUUUAUAAGAAAGUUACAUUGUUAAAUCCUACAAUAAUAUAUUAAAAUAACAAAUAAUAAUUACAAAUUAUAUACAUUUAUAAUAAUUACAAAAUAUAUAAAUUUAAUAUGCCAAUCAGUUCACAAAGACAUGCUAGCAAAUGGAAUUUAAAGAGGUGCACAUUAUCUACAACCAUGAUGUACAAGUUUGCUGUGCUCUUUGUGAACAGAAUCCAAUAAAAGGUGGUCAACUGCAUCUAGAUCUAAAAAUUAAAACAUAACACCAUGCUAUGAGCAGCUACCUUAAUUAUACAUCUAGGUAGACUAAUGCUUAUAAUAAAACAGAAAUCAGUGAGUACAUAAACCUUAAUCAUUAAUGGCAAUUAGAUACACAAUUGGAGACAAAUAUGACCUCGGCAAAAGUUCUGUCCAGUUCUGGAUGGACUUUUGAUGCUCUGUGAAUCUGAUUAAAACACAUGGCAAUAAGGUUUGAUUUAUUUUGUUAUAUUUGUUAUUGUUAAAGCCCGUUUACUGCUAGAACACAGUUUCCUUUGUAGAACUAGUAACUUUUACAAGUAUGACAUACAACGAGAGAUGACUCUAGGGCAUUGUUCAGUCAAACAAUAAUGGUCAGUCAAAAAUAUGAACCAAAAUAAAACCUUAGUUAAUUCUACUUGACCCAUUUUGUCUAGUUGUAACUAAUUGUAACAAAGGCAUUCAUUUAUAGUUCUGACUAGGAAAAUUCAUGAUAACGGAAAACAGGCUUUAUCUAUAACAUAUAUUAUUAUACUAU